AUGAAAAAAUUCUUGCUCGAGCGAGGCCUCGGGCCACGCUCAGACUUUGCCAAAGUCGUCGAGAUCAAAACACCGGCCACUCUGGACGAAUUCUUCCUCAAAGCCCAAACAUAUAUACAAUAUGAGGAAAAGGAAGCUGCUCAUGCAGUCCGUAACUCCAGGCAGGAAGAAAGUAGUAAAAAUGGCCGGCAAGACAAUUCCCGUCGAGGAAUAGACAAAAAGAAAGACGACAAGGGCCGAGAUCCCAAGGACUACAAAGCCCUAGCCGAGAAGUUCCGAGUGUACACCCCGCUCAAUGCUUCGAGGGAAUGCAUCCUAAACGAAUGCGCGAACGCCGAAUUUCAGACGGGCAAGGUCCGCUUCCCUAAGACCAUGCCGGCGCGACCAAACGUGGAUAAAUCGAAGUUCUGCCGAUUCCACAAGGGCCACGUGCAUAACACUGAGGACUGUAUCCACCUGAAGGACGCCAUAGAGAUAUUAAUCCGGGAGGGGCACCUGAAGCAAUACACGAAGAAGCAAGAGGCUUCCAAAGAAGCCAAACCGAUCACCGAGGAAAAGCCGAUGGAGGAUACGCCCGCCAUGCAAGUAGCCAUGAGCGUCACUAGGCCAGAAGACUUUUACCUCCCUGAUUGGGCCAGAGCGUCAACCGCCCCCUCUCCUCACAACUCAUGGGAAAUGUUCCCCUCUGCCAUGGUCAUAUCUGACGGGGGAUUCAGCAAACUCACCGUCGGAUCUGUGAAACAAAAAUUCGACGAGCUACUCUCAGCCAGCUCGACCAAAGCCGCUGCUCUCGACCACGCCAAAGGCAGCCCAUCCUCUAUAAAUUUAUACAAAGAAGAACUUCCCGGCGGAGCGCCCAACGCGACCAUCCCCCUCCUCAUCUGGGCUCGGAUGGCCAACUUUGACGUGCGACGCAUACUAGUCGAUCAAGGGAGCUCGGUGGACAUCAUGUACUCCCAACUGUUCAAAAUACUGCAGCUCGACGACAGCCACCUUACCCCCUAUGUAGGAUCAGACCUACAAGGUUAG